AUGCAGCUGCCGCCGGCUGCCGCUGCUGCCCUCUUGCUCGUCCUGCUGGCUGCGGACUCCUCGCAGACUGUGGUGUUCUACAAAGGCCGGGAGGAGGCUUCCCAGUUCCUUCGCCAGAGGCACCGCCGAGCCUAUCAGAUCUUCGAGGAGACCAAGCAAGGCCAUCUGGAGAGAGAGUGCGUGGAGGAACUCUGCAACCGCGAAGAAGCCCGAGAAGUGUUUGAGAACGACCCCGAGACGGAUUAUUUUUACCCGAAAUAUUUGGACUGUAUUCGGGACUAUGGAUCACCAGCUGCAAGAAGUCCAAGUUUCAAUACAUGUGUACAUAAUUUACCAGAUCAAUGUUCUCCUAACCCGUGUCACAGGGAUGGUACUAUAAAAUGUGAAGAUCUGAAAGGUGGAUAUCUUUGCCACUGCAAGAGAGGCUGGGAAGGCGAGACAUGUGAUAAAGAUAUUAAUGAAUGUGCAGAUCACAAUGGCGGAUGUAAACAGAUCUGUUACAACAAACCAGGCAGUUAUCAUUGCUCAUGUUACACUGGCUAUGCUCUUAUGAGUGACAGUAAAUCAUGCAAAGACAUUGAUGAAUGUGCUGCAACAGCAGGGAUCUGUGGAGAAGCUCAGUGUAAAAAUUUAGUAAGGUCUUAUUCAUGUGUUUGUGAUACUGGUUAUACUUAUGAUGAGGUCACGAAGACCUGCAAAGAUGUGGAUGAAUGUGAACAGAACUUCUGUGAGCAAACAUGUGUUAAUUCACAAGGAAGUUAUACUUGCCACUGCAAUGGAAAAGGCGGAAUUAAACUCUCCAGUGAUAUGAAUACUUGUGAGGAUAUUCUGCCUUGUGUACCAUUUGCUACUACAAAAAGUAUUAAAUCCCUCUAUCUUGGAAGAAUUUUUAGUGGGACACCUGUCAUCAAACUAUCCUUUAAAAGGAGACAACCCACAAGACUUGAAGCUGAAUUUGAUUUUAGAACCUUCGAUCCUGAAGGUAUCCUUUUUUUUGCUGGAGGCCAUCAAGACAGAACCUGGAUAGUCUUGGCUUUGCGCAAUGGACGGUUGGAGCUGCAACUCAAGUACAAUGGAAUUGGCCGGGUGACCAGCAGUGGCCCAAUCAUCAACCAUGGCAUGUGGCAGACAAUAUCAGUUGAAGAAUUGGAAAGAAGUUUAGUUAUAAAAGUCAAUAAGGAUGCAGUUAUGAGGAUCGCUGUCUCAGGUGAUUUGUUUACUCAAGACAGAGGACUUUAUCAACUAAAUCUAACUGUUGGAGGAGUUCCUUUCAAGACCCAUCAUCUUAUCCAUUCUAUUAACCCUCGACUAGAUGGAUGUAUGAGGGCUUGGAAUUGGCUGAAUAAGGAAGACAUAACUAUCCAAGAUACAGUCCGAACGAAUGAUAGGAUGCAGUGCUUUGCAAUUGCAGGAAGAGGCUCUUUCUACCCUGGCAAAGGAUUUGCUAUGUUUAAUCUCAGUUAUGUUUAUCCAUUUGAUAUCAAUGAAACCAGGAAGCAGUGGGAAGUAAAAGUAAAUUUUUUAAUUCGUCCAGCUACAGAUACUGGGGUGCUCUUUGCUCUUGUUAGCAAUGAAGCAAUAGUCCCUUUGUCAGUGGCUCUGAUUGACUAUCAUUCCACAAAGAAGCUUAAGCAACAGUUUAUUAUCUUGGCAGUGAAGAACAUUGUAGUUUGCAGGCUGGCAGUAAGCAUUUGUGACAAACAAGAGCACUUGGUGGACAUCUCCAUCAGCAAUAGUCAGAUAGUUUUGACCAUGGAUGGGACUGUAGGACAGAACGAACUAAGCCAGGCACAAUUGGAAGAUAACCUGUCUGUUUUAGAUAAUUACCUACAAUCAUCUGUAAAGACCUAUGUGGGAGGACUGCCAGAUGUUCCUGUCACUUCAACUCCAGUUACUGCUUCCUACCAUGGCUGCAUGACGGUGAAAGUUAACAAUCAAGCUCUGGAUUUAGAUGAGGCGCUCCAAAAGACCAAUGACAUCACCUCCCAUUCUUGUCCUCCAGUAGAAAUUGGUCAAUAGAUGCCACUGCAACACACACAGAAUUUUUGUAUUCAACAUAUGUGCAUUUCAGUUAUAAAUUAUUCAGACUUCCAGCACUGCGUGUAUAGUUCCCUUGAACACUGAAAUUAUGUAGGAUCUACUGAGUUAAUUAUUGAAAUAUUUCUUUGCUUGAGAGGAUUUAAAAUAUGUAAUAUAUUUGUAAAUAGUUGAGAAGACUAAUGUUAAUAAUCAGAAGUUGCAAAUUGUUGUCUGAGGUGAGUAGUUGAGAGACAGUUCAUGGUCGCUGGUAAAUUAGUUUGUGUGGACUGGAAGAUUAAAAAUAAUUCUGUAUUUUUUUAAUGCUGCUUCCUGACUUACA